AUGACACCAGAGCCGAGGAGCAUGGAACCACUCCAUAAGUCCGAGUUGCCGUCUGGGCCAUGGUGGAAUCUCAGUAUGGAUUUCUGUGGAUCGUUAAACACAGGGGACUACUUGUUAGUUAUCAUCGACGAAUAUUCGUGGUACCCUGUUGUAGAGACUGUAAAAUCUGUUUCGGCAAAUGCAACCAUCCCUGUACUUGAUAAGGUUUUGGGAAUGUUUGGAACACCGUGUGUGAUUAAGAGCGACAACGGAUGUCCGUUUAAUUCACAUGCCUUCAGUAAAUACGCCAGUCACAUGGGUUUUGAGCAUAGACGCGCUACACCAAGGUGGCCAAGAGCUAAUGCUCAAGCAGAAUCUAUCAUCAAGCCAUUGAUGAAGGUCAUAAGGGCUGCUUAUAUUGUAUCGAAGAACUGGAAGCAGGAACUAGUCCAAUUUCUCCGUCAGUAUCGCGCGACACCGCAUACAUCGACAGAAUGCAGCCCAUACCGUCUGAUGUUUUCACUCGAACCGAAGACUCAAUUACCAGAAGUAUCGGUUAAACGACAAAAGCCAGCUGAGCCAUUGGUAGAUGAACAGGUCAGGAGGAACGACAGUCAAACCAAAUAUCGUGCUUCGUCCUAUGCAGACAACAGAAACCGUGUCCAUCACAGAGACAUAUCAGUUGGGGAUACAGUGAUGGUGAAGAAUGAGUUUAAAGAAAAUAAACUUUCAACUGUGUACGACCCAACCCCGCGUAUGGUGACAAACAAGAAAGGGCCAAUGGUAACUGUAUCGGGCAACAUCACACGAAACGUGUCUAGGUUCAAAAAGGUUGAUUUCAAACCACGCGAAAUCCACCCUGAGGAGGAAGCUAUGGAAGAUCAACAUAAAAAUCCAACCAGUCCAUAUGUGGAGCCGAGAUCAGCUCGCCAGCCUGAGGUGUCCCCACCGCCUGAUCAGCCUAGUACAAGAGUUGGUAGACCAAGGCGUGAAGGAAAGAAGCCUCAGUAUCCCAAAGACUAUGUUUGUUAA